AUGGUAGAGCGGUCGUCUACAUACCUGAAAGUCUCGAGUGUACAGCCGUCCCCACCUGAAGAGCCUGGUCAGGAUGUAGCCAAUUAUUCUGGCACCUGCUGGAAGUGGGAAGAAACAGCCAGAUCUAGUGACGAGAAUUUCCCUUCUAUGUUGGACGAGACAUUCUUGGCGAGACCGAAGCUGACUGGGAGGCUGAUGGUGGCUAUGAACGUCUGCCUCUUUUAUGAUGCCACCGAUCUCAAAUUUCUUUCCUGCGACCUCGUGAAAGUAAACAUUUCACGUCUGAGAGAAUCGUACAUGGACAUGUACGAUUAUGAAGAUGCUGCAUUCAAUGCACCUAUGACCUUUCACGCAAUGGAUGAUUCUGAACCAACACACGGACAAAAAGAGCUAACGAUCACCGCUUCUUAUUGCUUCACAUCUAAGUCACCUGAUGUCCAAGCCUACAUUUGUAACAGAGGAAACUACAACAUCGUGUAUGGCAAGGGCACAGUGACAUUCAAAGCUUCCGUAAACACCAACGUGGAAGGAGAUCUGGAAGACUUUUCUAUAACCAGACAUCUUGAUGAUUCCAGAGUUACUGAAGUCACUUGGAAGGCGAAAAAACCCGCGGCGAACGUGAAUCAAAAAGCCAGUUUGUUUCUCCUUGCUCUGCUGGUGACCGUAGGAAUAGCAUGGAUUAUAUUCACACGAUAGGUUAGACCAGAGCGAUGAGAGACUCCAGUUUGAUGUCACAUUGUGUCACAUC